AUGUCGCCGUCGACGAUAGCUCCGGUGGUGGAAGAAGAGAACAAGAAAUACCAAAAAGGUGUGAAACAUUUUUGUGACAAUGGUGUGACCAAAGUGCCAACCAAAUAUAUAUGGCCUGAACCUGACCGACCCAUCUUCACUAAAUCCGACAAGCUCAUCAAACCAAAACAAAACCUAAAGCUUCCCCUCAUAGAUCUCGUUGAGCUUCUUGGACCUAACCCAAAACCCAAUGCGAAACCUACGGCUUCUUCCAGUUUGGUUCCCAAAACCCAAAUGGUUAAAGUGGUGAAUCAUGGGAUGGAGGGAGAUGUGAGCAGAAACAUGAUAGAAGUGUGUAAGAGAUUCUUUGAGCUUCCGUACGAGGAGAGAUCAAAAUACAUGUCGUCAGGCAUGUCGGCUCCAGUACGAUACGGCACGAGUUUCAACCAGAUCAAAGACAAUGUCUUUUGUUGGAGAGACUUCUUGAAACUCUACGCACAUCCUCUGCCUGAUUAUCUUCCUUAUUGGCCUUCUUCUCCCUCCGACUUCAGGUCAGAUUUCCCAAAUUAA